AGUAGCCAUCGAGUUUACCUCGUUGCUAUCGAAAGAUUCGAAACUCAAAGAAGGCGAUGAAAGCACCCUUCUCUUUAUCAUAAUUUCAUAAAUGCCAUCAACUGACCUCUCUUAUCGCUUCUCCGAUAAUUGCAUCAACUACAAGGGCAAUUAGCCAUUGCUCUAUCUGCAACGGAACAACUCUGUUCUGUUUCUCCACUCUCAGGUCUCACCUACGUUACAAAAGAUCGCUCUCUCCUGCAAAAAUCCCCUUUUCAAGCUUUUUCUCCGAUACGGCAAUGUCCGUCGCGACGCACUCUUCUUCGUCCGCUCUCUUUUCCCCUUUCAAUCAGGACAGAAGAAUAUGCAAACUUCCCUUCCAAUCAUCACAGCAAUCUCUCUUCAAAUUCCAAACAACAUUUCCCAAAAUCCAUGCUUUGUCCGGCAACGGAUCUUCCCUGGAGACUGGUUUAAGCACUGAGCUCACUGCCGUCUCGAGCUUCAGUGAGAUCGUUCCUGAUACUGUCAUUUUCGACGAUUUUGAAAGGUUUCCACCGACGGCUGCUACCGUUAGUUCUUCUCUCCUUCUAGGCAUCUGCAGCCUUCCAGAUACGAAAUUUAUGAGUGCUAUCGAAACUGCGCUUGCUGAUGGAGAAUGUUAUGCACAAGCAGAUUCUAACCUCCGGCUGUCCUGUUUCUUCAACAAGGCUUUGGUUAAUGUUGGAGCUGACCUUGCAAAAUUGGUUCCUGGGCGAGUGUCGACUGAAGUGGAUGCUCGUUUGGCUUAUGAUACGCAUGGCAUCAUUUGGAAGGUGCAUGAACUGCUGAAACUAUAUAAUGAAGUAGAGGUCCCUCCAGAGCGUCUAUUGUUCAAAAUUCCUUCAACCUGGCAGGGGAUUGAGGCCUCAAGAUUGCUGGAAUCUGAGGGCAUACAGACACACUUGACAUUUGUUUAUAGCUUUUCCCAAGCUGCUGCUGCAGCUCAAGCAGGAGCUUCUGUUAUUCAGAUUUUUGUUGGUCGGAUCAGGGAUUGGGCUCGCAAUCAUUCCGGAGAUCCUGAGGUAGAAGCUGCUUUCAGAAGUGGAGAAGAUCCCGGAUUGGCUUUGGUGACCAAGGCAUAUAAUUACAUUCACAAACAUGGACAUAAGUCCAAGCUGAUGGCAGCAGCAGUUCGCAACAAGCAGGACAUAUUCAGUCUCCUAGGGGUUGAUUACAUUAUUGUACCAUUGAAGAUAUUGCAGUCACUCAAAGUAUCCAUUGCUCCUCCCGAUGAGAAGUAUUCAUUUAUCAGGAGGCUAUCUCCAAGCUCUGCCAGGGCAUGCAAUUUUAGCAAAGAGGAGCUGGUGAAUUGGGACCAAAUGAGCUUUGCAUCAGCAAUGGGUCCUGCUGCUGAAGAGCUUUUGGGUGGUGGACUGGAAGGCUACAUGAAUCAAACAAUGCGUGUGGAGGAGUUUUUUCGGAAGAUAUGGCCACCCCCAAACGUCUAAAGUGGAAUGGAGUUCUACUUUAGGAUAUGCUGAGCAGAUGCAAUCUUGAUUAAUAAAGCAGAGCGGAGUUCCCCAUGCGAGCUACUCAAUGCAAUUUUCCAUGCAGUAUUUUCCACCAUCCAUCUUAAAGCAUCACUAAUAUGUAAUUGUAUUGUGCCAUCUUUUAGUGACCCACAUCUCAAUGUGCUAUGCACCCCUUUGUGCCAUUUGCAACGUUUGCCACUCUCAUAUUCAAAUAUCCUACAUGCGCCACAUGCUA